AUGGCCUCUCAAUGGCAGUUUUCACUUGAACAACUUCGGAAAACGCCGUCAAUGGUCCCUUUGGAGACCGAAAUCGCACGGAGAGUCAAAGGCGUUGAUUGGCUCAUGCGAGUAGGUGCCACUCUCAUGAUGGGGCUUGGGCCUUGUUUAACCGCGGCAACGUAUCUCCACCGAUUCUAUAUGCGUCGGAUGCUUGAAGACUACCAUGAAUUGGAGAUUGCCGCUACUUGUCUCUUUCUGGCCUCCAAAACCGAAGAGAGCGGUGUGAGGUUGGAUGAUCUCGUCACAGUCACGUUAUCCAAGGUGCAUGCAUGUCAUCCAUCAGAGGUCGCUGGGAAAUACGACAAUGAAGCCAAACGUUGGGAGCAAGCAAUUCUAGCUAACGAAGAAGUCCUCCUGGAGGUUCUAUGCUUCGAUUUUGAUGUACGACAUGCUCACGCCCAACUUGCCGAUCUGGUGGGAGGCCCAUCAAAAUUGGAUCCAAAAUUGAUCAGUUGUCUGUGGUCUGUCGCACACGACUCGUAUCGUACCCCCUUGUGCAUUCUAGAGUCGCCUCAAGUGAUCGCCGCAGCAUGUUUCCUCUUUGCACAGUGUCUGGUUGACGGUCCACGAGGUUCAACGCUUGCCGACAGAAUAAGUGACCCGCAAUCGGAAUGGAGACGGGCACUUGGAGUAUCAGAGAAUGAUUUACAGUCUAUUGCUGUCUCACUCACAAUUCUCUGCCAAUACUAUAGAGCCCAUAAGCCCGACUUUGGAAAGCCGGAUACAUCGUUAUACAAGCUCAUAGAGCCACCUCCAACCGGCAACAUUGACGUCCCGCUUCUCUUCCAACCAUUGUCUACUUCUCAGCAUUCAAAUGGUGGGUUUGCAGCACCAUCCUUGGACUAUGCUGGAUCCAAAACUCCACAGGAUAGUCCGCUGCCACCGUCGACGACGCCGUUAGGACCUGUUCCACCUUUCCCAGCAGAUGCUAGUCAUACCUCGAAAGGUCCAGCGUAA